UAUCUAAGAAAUUUAAAAACUUAUACAAUUAGACGUGUUACUUCAUUGUGAUCGCAUAAAUAAGUAAAUUUUCUCAACUAAUAAACGUGAAAAUGACAAAGUCAACUUUAACACCGCAAGAGUGGAAGGAAAAAGGUAAUGAAGAAUUUAAUAAAGGCAAUUGGUCUGAAGCAUUGAGUUGUUACACGAAUGCUCUCAACCUUACAAAAGAAGAAAGUGUUGAGAAAGCUGUUUUUUAUAAAAACCGCGCAGCAACGUAUUUGAAACAAAAAGAUUAUAACAAAGCGAUUAAUGAUUGCAAUGAGGCAUUAAAAAUUUGCCCCAAAGAACCAAAAGCUUUGUUUCGCAGAUGCCAAGCUUUAGAAGCUUUGGAAAGAUUUGAAGAAGCAUAUAGAGAUGCUCGGUAUAUCAUUUCUGUGGAUCCUGGUAAUAAAGCGAUUCAACCUAUCAUUGCACGUCUACAUGAAAUUGUACAGGAUCGACAUAAACAGAAUUCUCGUAUCAGCUCAAGGGUAUCUCAAAUGAUUGAUAUAACUUUUGAUCCACAACACGAUAAAGAAAAACGAGAAACGGCAAUAAAUAAUCUCUUAGUACUAUCUCGUGAAAGAGCUGGUGCGGAUAUAAUGUUUAACGAAGGAAUAGCAUCUAAAAUAAUGAGAUUAUUAAAGCUAGAAAAGAAUGAGGAAAUAGUUACAACUGCUAUUCGUAUUGUUGCUGAAUUAUGUAAAGAAAAUAUCACUAGAACUGAACAAAUUUUAAAUAUUCUAGGUAUACCAUGGAUCUUAGAAAUGAUCAAUAGUAAAAAUACAGAAAGAGUUAAUGCAGCUCAAUAUUGUAUGCAGAUCAUAUUAAACAGUUAUAGUGGAAUGGACAAUAAACCAGAAACUAAACCUAAUAAAGAUUUAUGUGAACAAUAUAAGAAAGAAAUUGAUACCAUCUUAUCUUGUUUAGUAUAUAGUACAACAAAUAGAACAAUUACUGGUCAAGCUAGGGAUGCAAUCAUAGAAAUUAUAAUGCGUAAUAUACAUUACACUACCUUAAAUUGGGCAGAACGUUUAGUAGAAAUCCAAGGUCUGCAAAGGUUGAUGGAAGUGGCUAGUGAGUUAGAAGAAUACAAGUAUGAGUCUGCAAUGGACAUAACUUCAUCUACGCGUACUAUAACAAGCGUUUGUUUGGCAAGAAUUUAUGAAAAUAUGUAUUAUGAUGCUGCUAAAGAAAGGUUUAGAAAUGCUAUUGAUGAAUACAUAAAAGCAAAAUUGCUUACACCAGAUAUAGAAUCAAAGGUACGUGUUGUUGUUGCAAUAACAACAUUAUUACUUGGACCUGUAGACGUGGGAAAUUCAGUUGUUGCUAAAGAAGGUAUUAUGGAAAUGAUUCUUGUAAUGGCAGGUACAGAAGAUCCAUUGCAACAAAAAGUUGCAUGUGAAUGUAUCAUAGCUGCAGCAUCUAAAAAAGAUAAAGCUACAGCUAUAAUAUCUCAAGGUGUAAAUAUACUUAAAAAACUGUACCAAUCAAAGGAUGAUUCAAUUCGUGUGCGAGCUUUAGUUGGUUUAUGCAAAUUAGGCAGUUCAGGUGGUACGGAUGCAACCAUUAAACCAUUUGCUGAUGGAGCGACAAAAAAAUUAGCAGAAGCUUGUAGAAGAUUUUUGAUUAAUCCUAAAAAACAAAAAGAUAUGAGAAAAUGGGCCGUAGAAGGACUUUCUUAUUUGACAUUUGAUGCUGAAGUUAAAGAAAAAUUAAUAGAAGAUCGUGAUGCCAUUCAGGCUAUGAUAGAACUUGCCAAAACUGAAGAUCAGUCUGUAUUAUAUGGAGUAGUUACAACUUUAGUUAACUUAUGUAAUGCUUAUGACAAACAAGAGAUUAUACCUGAAAUGGUAGAAUUGGCUAAAUUUGCUAAACACCAUAUACCAGAAGAACAUGAAUUUGACGAUCCAGAUUUUUUAAAUAAAAGAUUAAAUACUUUAGCUAAAGCAGGUGUAACCAGUGCUUUAGUCUGUCUUGCUAAAACAGAGAGUCAAAAUAGUAAAGAAUUAAUAGCACGUGUUUUUAAUGCAAUAUGUAGUCAACAAGAAGUAAGAGGAAUUGUUGUACAACAAGGAGGUGCAAAAGUUCUUCUACCUUUGGCUUUAAAUGGAACAGACAAAGGAAAAAAACAAGCUGCUCAAGCAUUAGCUCGUUUAGGCAUUACAAUAAAUCCAGAAGUAGCAUUUCCUGGACAAAGAAUCAUGGAAGUUAUAAGACCAUUUCUAAAACUUUUAGAUCCAGAAUGUUCGGCGUUAGAAAACUUUGAAGCAUUAAUGGCGUUAUGUAAUUUAGCUGGUGUUAGUGAUACCGUUAGACAACGUCUUCUGAAAGAAGGUGCUUUUACAAAGAUUGAAACGUAUAUGUAUGAAGAUCAUGAUAUGUUAAGACGUGCAGCUACACAAGUAAUAAACAAUUUAAUAAUGUGCGAAGAUACAAUCAAAUAUUUCGAAGAAGAAAACGACAGAGUGAAAUAUCUUGUGAUUCUUUGUGAAGAUGAAGAUGAAGAUACAAGUUUAGCUGCAUCUGGAGCCUUAGCAAUGUUAACAUCAGUAAGCACCAAAACUAUAGAGAAAAUUUUUGAUGUAAAAAAUUGGCUAGAAGUACUACGCUUUUUGCUUGCUAAUCCCAAAUCUGAAAUACAAUAUCGAGGUUUAAUUAUUAUAUCAAAUAUGAUUAAAAGCUCAAAAGAUGUUGCUGCAAAGUUGGUUGAAACAGAUAUAAUAGAAAUUUUAAUGGCUUUAGUAAAGAGCGAUACUGUGAAAGAUAAAAAAAUUAAAGACCUAGCAUCAAAAGCCUUAGGAACUGCUGCUGAUUGGAAACUCAUUCUCCCUACAGCACCAUAAUAUUUUAAUAUUUUACUCUCAUUACAACAGGAGCAAUCAUUUUAAUGAAAGUGCCUUAUAAUGUAUUCAGUGAUUCAUUAGAAUUUCUUACGCAUGUAUAUUGACACAUGUACAUAAUAUGCAUUGUACUUAUUUCAUUUCAUUACAUAACUUAUAUUAUUUAUGCAUAUGAUUUUGCAAAUAAUAAAUAUAAAUAGAUUCCAUGC